AUGGGAAAGUUCAAAUGGUUCUCUAAUUUUACGAAGAAUUGUUCGGUGGUGGAUAUCUUGGAGAAUACGGAGGCUACAGAUGAUGAAAGUGUUCCAGAGCAAGUGGAGAUCUUUGUACAAAAUAAUUUUGAACCCCGUCAGACCACCCCGCCAGACCUUAUAACUCUGGUAAUGGCUAUUUGGAACACUAUCCUCCUCACCAAAUGUUUGACCUCAAUUUCCAAAAUCUGGCUUCAAAAAGACUACAAUCAACUCUACGACGCUCGUGGCUCCCAAUGCGGAUUCUGUCUCAUCGACUAUUCAGAAUCUCCUGAAUCCCGUAACCCAAGAAUCCUGACAAGGUGUGGACAUAGUCUAUGUGGUAAUUGUGUUCAGAAGCAUAUGGGUUUCUACUAUCAUUACAUUUUUUGCCCAUUUUGUGAUACUGUUUCGAUAGAGAUUCCAAAGAAUUAUUUGUUGUUGGAAAUGAUUAAGUGA